AUGAAACUUUUUGUAUGCUUUAUCGUUGCCCCUUUCGCCGUUGCUGCAGUUCAAAAGCUCGCGCUUACGUGGAAUAAACCGAGAAAGGUAGUUUCCCUCGAAUAA